ACGACGCACAAUGACAUGUAUAUCGACCCCCAGCGCUUGAACAAUUGAAAUUCCGACACCACCCUUGAAAUUCUAGCAACAAGCAAGAGCCCACCACAUGAAACCACUGCAGCGGCGACCCUGUUUUGCCUGAUCGCAGAAUUCCGACUCAGCGACUCGUAGAAUUCCGACUCGGGACGGCACUGAUCAGGUAUGAUUGUUGAUUAGUUAGGUGUUAAUUGUCGAUUAUUCCUAUAAUUAGCAUUAACAAGUGUCGAUUAUUUGCGUGUUAUUUAACGUUAAUUGUCAAUUAGUUAUUUAGUUUUGUGUUAUUUGGCGUUAAGUGUUGAUAAUUUGAGUGUUAUUUGGCAUUAUUUGUCGAUUGUACGUCAAUAAUUUGUUAGAAAUUUGUUUAUUGAAUACUGUUAUUUUAUCAACGGUUGUAUAAAAAAUAUUUACAUAAUAUAUUUCGUUAAGGCUUUAGGAGCCUAUUUUUUCGAGCUCGGAUAGGGAAUUCUCAGGACAAACACUAGGUAGAAAAAUAAAGCAAUGAAAAGAAAUUGUGUGUAUUUAGUGAUCUUACCCAUAUCUUUUAUUUUGAAUCUUACUAUUCUCAUAUCCGUAAAUUUUAUUUUUAGAUCCAAUUUACUCUAUCUUUCUAUAUAUAUUUAUGUAUAUAUAAUGAGAUAGAGAGUAUUAACUCCUUUUUUUUCUAUGAACACCACAUGUUUAUCCAUAACAAAAUGAUAUCCAUGAAGUCUCACAAAGUGGAUUUUUUUUUUGGUAAUCAAAGUAAUGCUUCUUUCAAAAACAUACUCACGAGUAAUGCUACACUCAAAAAAAUUUCACAAAUAAUGCAAAAGCCAUUGUGAAUGGCGAUUUUUUUUCUUUCUUGUAGCCUUUUCAGAAUUAUGCAGGGAAGGGAAUGAUCUGACUUUGCAGGAGACAUUUCAAUGGACAAGGUACGAUCUCCAUUAUAAUGGCGAAAAGUAAAUUCUUUGCACAAAAAGCCACUAUUAAUGGUGAAAAGUUAAUAGUUCUGCACACACAGCCAAUUCUAAUGGUGAAAAUUUAAAAGGUCUGCACCGAUUCCUUUAAAUUCUGCCAAGAUUGCCAUUUAUAAUGGCGAAAAGUAUAAUUAUGCACAUAUAGCCAUUGAUAAUGGCGAAAAUUUAAAAGUUCUGCACAUGUUACCAUUGAUAAUGGCGAUUUCUUGCUGAAAAGCCUGCACCCUGCACAAUAUGCCAUUGUUAUAGGGUGUUUAUAGGGUAUGGAAGAUUAUUUGAAUAUUGAGAAGUCGGGUGAAAUGAACCCGAAGCAUUCGCCCAAGGUGUUGCAGAAAUGGAGGGACAUGUGUGAUCGUGUUAAGAACCCGAAGCGACUGUUUCAUUUAACCGCAAACGACCAGAAGCACCACGAGGCUGCUGCAAUGCCCUCAACAAAUCAGAAGUUGAGGGUUGUGGUCUUGGUGUCAAAGGUGGCAUUUCGUCAUCUCAGUGGUGUAGAAGCUAGCAGCAGCCACAUGAUGGUACCAGAGGAAUUCAAGGCAAGUGGUUUUAGUAUCAGUGCUAAUGAUGCAGGCUCCAUUGUUGAGGGCCAUAACCCCGAAAAGCUAACACUUCAUGGUGGGAUUGAAGGUCUUGCUGCCAAGCUCAAGACGUGUACCACUAUUGAGAUUGCAAUAGAUGAUAAAGAGUUGACUUGCAAUGGAAGAUAAAAUCGCCAUUAACAACGCCGAAUUGUACCUGGGCCAAUGACUGGGGUCUGAAUAUUCCCUGCAUAAAGCUGAGAAGGCUACAACAAACAAAAAAGUCCCUAUUCACAAUUUUUUUUGAACGGUGAACUUCAUUAAAACGGCUAGUCCUCAAAACGAGGACCGCCAAAAAAAAAACGAUAACAACAUAUAGAAUGGGAAAACAGCCCAAUCCUUCCACAUAAUAGAGUUAAACCUAGAUCGAUUCUUAAGCCAUAAAAAAGAAAGGGAUUUAACUAAAGCCACAACAUCGGCUACCUUAGGCGUAGUGUUGUCGAAGACCUUUUUAUUUCUAGCAUUCCAAAUCGCCCAACAUGUCGUCAUUACAACCCCCUUAUAACUUUCUUCGCCCACUUUUGCACAUUCUUGUAAAACUUGAGCAAAUCUUUAAUGUCAACAAUCAUAACAUAGUCGAGUUUACACCAUUUCCCUAUUCACAAUGGUUUUGCAUCAUUUAUGAUAUAUCUUUGUAUAUAACAUUAAUUGUGAUUAUGUUUUUCAAAGAAGAAUUACUUUGGUAAAAACAAAAUGCAGAGUUUAUA